AUACCACCCCCCCCCCCCCUUCAAUACCAAUAACAACAACAAACACAAUAACAACAACAAAAACACCUACACACUCUCCUCUUCCACCAUGGCAGCUGCUGCUGCUGCCUCCACCCUCUCCUCCGCCGCGGCGUCCUCAUCUUCAUUCUCCAAGCUCAGAUCACCACCAUCUCCGCCUCCUCCUCCUCCGAGAACUGCUUUUCGCGGGGUGUCACUGGCAGAGAGGAAAUGGGUGCUCUCGUCGGUGCAGGGAUUGAAGAGGAGGGGGAGUCGUAAUGGCUCAGCUGCUGCAGUUGGAACGAGAAGCAGAGGAGGGCUUGAGGUUCGUGCGAGGACGGCGGGGGCAUCGAAGAGCAUCGAGGUCGAAGUCGACAAGCCCCUCGGCCUCACCUUGGGCCAGAAGCCCGGCGGCGGAGUCGUCAUCACAGCUGUCGAUGCCGGCGGAAAUGCAGCAAAAGCAGGGCUUAAGGCCGGGGACCAGGUGCUGUACACAAGCAGUUUCUUCGGCGAUGAGCUUUGGCCCGCGGACAAGCUGGGAUUCACCAAAACUGCAAUUCAAGCGAAACCGGACUCCGUCUACUUCGUAGUCAGCCGCGGUGCGGAAGUCGAUGUAAAGCGGCUGACGAAAAGGCCAGCUCCUCCUCGGUUCGGCCGGACCCUGACAGAAGCUCAGAAGGCCAGAGCCACUCACAUCUGCCUCGACUGCGGAUAUAUUUACACCCUGCAGAAACCGUUCGACGAACAGCCUGAUGCCUAUGUCUGCCCGCAAUGUAAUGCGCCGAAGAAGCGGUUCGCACGAUAUGACGUGAAAUCCGGAAAGCCCGUCGGAAGCGGGCUGCCGCCCAUCGGGGUGAUUGUCGGUCUCGUGGUCGGAGUCGCGGGAGUUGGGGCUCUUCUUGUGUAUGGACUUCAAUAGGCUUAUUGUCUCAUCUCUUCAAAAUUUUCAAAUGUAAAGAGCACUCAUUUUUUUUAAAAAAACACAGCAUUAUGGAUGAAUUAUUUGUUUCUCCUUGUUUUUAUUUACAAUCUAAAAUGGUGUGCAUAGAAUUGUAGCAAAUUGUAUCUUGUUUGAAUGUUACUUUGUGUGUACUAGAAAUAGUAAGUUAAUUUCUCUUUA